AUGGACAAAGCCCAGUAUAAAAAGCCAGAGAAUGUGCAGAUGAGGAUCAACCUGGCCACUAGCUGGGUGAUCCUGGCUAAACUUCUUAACUUGCCCUUUUUGAACCAGCUACAUCGUCUCAUGGAUUCCCCGGUGGAUGGAAACCACACUGCAGUGACAGAGUUCAUUUUAUUGGGCUUAACAGAAGAUCCUACCCUUCGGGUCACCCUCUUCAUGGUCGUCCAGUGCAUCUGUCUGGUGACCAUAUCUGGCAAUCUCAGCACAAUCAUCCUUAUCAGAAUCUCUCCUCAGCUCCAUCAUCCUAUGUAUCUUUUCCUGAGCCACUUGGCUUUGACUGACAUAGGCUAUUCAUCCUCUGUCAAACCCAGUAUGCUUGUAAACUUCCUGGUGGAGAAAAAUACCAUCUCCUAUCUUGGAUGUGGGAUCCAACUUGGAUCAGCUGCUUUCUUUGGACCACUUGGGUGUUUUCUUCUGGCUGCCAUGGCCUAUGAUCACUUUGUAGCAAUCUGCAACCCACUGCUUUAUUCAACUAAAAUGUCCACAAAAGUCUUGGCCCCCUCAUUUUCUGCUGGCUCCAUCAUUGUGGUCACAGUGUUUGUCAUAGCCAUCUCCUAUGUCUACAACCUCAUCAUCAUCCUGAAGAUGCACUCCACCGAGGGCCGCCACAAGCCCUUCUCCACCUGCACCUCCCACCUCACUACAGUCACUGUGUUCUAUGGGACAAUUACAUUCAUUUACACCCUGAACCCAGACCCCCUUAGCACUGGACAACCAGUGGGAUAUAGGCAGGUGAGUCAGAGGACUCGGCUCUGGGCAGGGGCUCUUAGGUUUUCUCAGGCAGUGGCUGAGGCUGGGGCUGCGGGGGCUGUGGGUACUCCUGCAGUUCAGCCUGGCAGACCAUCUGGCUGGGCCCACUCUGCCCUCUGCCACCUGACUUCCUUACCUCCUGUGACUGUGCUCCUACCACCACCUGUUCCACUGGCCUCUGCCUGCAGCUCCAGCACUAGGAGUAUUGGCAACAGCAGCGAUGAGGACGACUGGAAGCUGGCUCCCAAAAGGUUUUUAACAUGGUGUUAG